AGCCUGUCAAACAACUAAUGGCUCAUCUUCCUCUUGGCCAGAUGGGGGCCCCUGGGAAAUCUUCCAUAAGACUCCGGAUGGCCUUUAUCAGUAUAAAUUUUUACCAUGCAGAUUACAUGGGGUGCUGGCCACCUUCCAAAAGAUGAUAGAUCAACUGUUGCAAAGCCCAUAUUGGAAAUACACCUCUGCCUCUUUGGAAGAUGAUGUCAUUCACUCAGACUCAUGGGCCAGCUAUCUGGAGAAGGGCUUGAAAGCAUUGCUAUGUACAGAGCUCGUACUGGGGUCAUCAGAUGUGCCUCUGCUAUGUAUCCGAGAGACGGACAUGUUGGAAACUGGGAACAGGGUCAUCCUAACUCAGAUCAUGGAUUUAGAGGAGCCCCCAGUCGUCUUCAUAUCUCUGAUGCUGUUGCCAAGGAAAUGCAAAUGUGCAGCUGUGGAAACAGGGUGUAUGGCAAUCAAGCGGGCCUUGACGGCGAUGUCUCCCUUUCUUUUUGGGCGCUACUUCACACUUAUUACUAAUAAUACACCCAUACAUUGGAUGGCCACUCUGCCAAAGACCAACGCUUCCAUGGGUGCACGGUGGUUUCUGGCUCUGCAGCUGUACCCUCUCGCCACUCAGAACUGUGCAGGAGCUGUCCAUGGUAACUCUUGCCUUCUCUCCCUCUGGACUGAGACCUCUGUCCUCCUUAGGUCAGGGCUUGGGGCGAAAGAUACAGUACUCCUGCUUUGUGAUGUUGCCUAUGCCUGUGGCCGUGCAGAAUAUAGAAUAGGUGAAGAAUGCUGCCCUAUGUGUGGUCCUGGGAGCAGAGUCUACAAACACUGUACAGAAUUCACGAGCACUUCCUGUAUACCAUGUAUUGAUGGAACUUUUACUGAGGAACUGAAUGGUCUUGCUAAAUGUUUGCCCUGUGCAGUCUGUGACCAAGUGUGUGGACCUCUGGAUCAGCACUUCUGCAUUGAAUGGGACUGGAAGGGGAGCUGCACCAGAGCAGAAAGACACACAGUUUGCAAGCCUGGACAAUUCAUCAUACAGAAGGGAACAGCAUCUAGUGAUACCAUAUGUGGAGAAUGUCCUGAUAAAACCUUUUCAGAUGGCCUGUCUACAUACUGCAAACCACACAAAAAGCUGGAUUGA